AUGUCUGUUGUCGGUAUUGAUUUCGGUGCGCAGAGCACCAAGAUUGGUGUUGCCAGAAACAAGGGUAUCGAUAUUAUUGCCAAUGAAGUUUCCAACCGUCAGACCCCUUCCCUCGUUGGAUUCAGCGCCCGCAGCAGACACAUUGGUGAGGCCGCCAAGACACAAGAGACCUCCAACCUCAAGAACACCAUUGGCUCUUUGAAGCGCCUGAUCGGCCGCCCCUUCGAUGACCCCGAUGUCAAGCUCGAGCAGCAAUACAACAGCGCCACCAUCUGUGAUGUUAACGGAUUGGCCGGUGUUGAGGUUAACUACCUCGGAAAGAAGGAAAAGUUCACAGCAACUCAGUUGGUUGCUAUGUACUUGACCAAGAUCAAGGAUAUCACUUCCAAGGAGCUCCGUCUCCCAGUGUCUGAUGUCACCCUCAGUGUCCCCGCCUGGUUCACCGAUGUGCAGCGCCGGGCUAUGAUCGAUGCUGGUGAUAUUGCUGGCCUGAACGUUCUCCGCCUGGUCAACGACACCACUGCCACCGCUCUCGGUUACGGUAUCACCAAGCUCGACCUGCCCGGCCCCGAUGAGAAGCCUCGCCGUGUGGUCUUCGUCGACAUCGGUGCCAGUGAUUACACUGCCUCCGUCGUUGAGUUCCGCAAGGGUGAGCUUAACGUCAAGGCCACCACCUGCGACCGUCACUUCGGUGGUCGUAACUUCGAUAUCGCUCUUACUGAGCGAUUCGCCGAUGAGUUCAAGGAGAAGUACAACAUUGACAUCCGCACUCACCCCAAGGCCUGGUCUCGUACCGUUGCCGCCGCCGAGAAGAUGAAGAAGGUUAUGUCGGCCAACCCCCAGGCUCCCCUGAGCAUCGAGUCUUUAAUGGAUGAUGUCGAUGUCAAGACUAUGGUCAAGCGUGAGGAGCUCGAGGAGAUGGUUAAGCCUCUCCUGGACCGACUUACCGUUCCCAUUGAGCAGGCUCUUGCCGAGGCCAAGCUCACCGUCGAGGAUAUUGACCACGUCGAGAUGGUCGGUGGUUGCACUCGUGUCCCUGCCAUCAAGGAGAUCAUCUCCAAGUUCUUCAACAAGAGCCUUUCCUUCACUCUCAACCAGGAUGAGGCCAUUGCUCGUGGUUGUGCUUUCUGCUGUGCUACUCUCUCUCCCGUUUUCCGUGUCCGUGACUUCGCUGUUCACGACAUUGUCAACUACCCCAUCGACUUCACUUGGGAGCAGUCCCCCGAGAUCCCUGAUGAGGACACCAACCUCACUGUUUUCGGUCGCGGAAACGUCAUGCCCUCCACCAAGAUCCUUACUUUCUACCGCAAGCAGCCCUUCGAUCUCGAGGCUCGCUACUCCAAGCCCGAGGGUCUUCCCGGAAAGAUUAACCCCUGGAUCGGCCGUUUCUCCGUCAAGGGUGUCCAGGCCGACGCCAACAACGACUUCAUGAUCUGCAAGCUCAAGGCUCGCCUGAACCUCCACGGAAUCCUGAACGUUGAGUCCGGAUACUACGUUGAGGAUAUGGAAGUUGAGGAGCCUAUCAACGAAGAGGGCGACGCCAUGGAUACCGAUGCCAACGGUGAGGAGCAGCCCAAGAAGACCCGCAAGGUCAAGAAGCAGGUUCGCAAGGGCGAUCUGCCCAUUGUCUCCGGUGUCGGCGGCAUUGACGCCACUGUCAAGGAGGCUCUCCAGGAGCGUGAGAACGCUAUGUACAUGGAGGACAAGCUCGUUGCCGAGACCGACGAGAAGAAGAACGAGCUUGAGGCUUCCAUCUACGAGCUGCGUGAUAAGAUCGAGGGUGUUUACGCCGAGUUCGCCAGCGAGGAGGAGAAGGAGAAGCUCCGUUCCAAGCUGAUGGCCACCGAGGACUGGCUCUACGAGGAGGGUGACGACACCACCAAGUCUGUCUACGUUGCCAAGAUGGACGACAUUCGCUUCAUCUCCGGACCCAUCAUUCAGCGCUACAAGGAGAAGGUUGACUCUGAGCGCCAGGCUGUUCUGAAGGCUGAGGAGGAGGCCGCCGCUAAGCGACGCGCCGAGCUCGAUGCCAAGAAGAAGGCCGAGGAUGAGGCCAAGAAGGCUGAGGAGGAAAAGAAGGCCGCCGAGGGUGACGCCGAGAUGAAGGACGCACCCGAGGGUGAUGCCGAGGCUGAACAGAAGCAGUAG